GCUUACCUCUCGCGAGGCACAACUCGGAUUUCAUCAAUUUCAUAUUUUGAGAACUUCCCCGUCGAUGUUCAGGGCGGUCUAUCUCGAAACUACAGAACUCGCUGUGAUUCCGAUUCAUUCCCUGCUCCUCGUAAAUCUCGCGAGAAAGCCAUGUCAUUCACAACUAUAGCUGAGCGUAGCACGCUACUGCACGACGUAUUUGUGAAGAACCCGACUCAACCGGAGCGAGUUCAGGUCGAUCUUGAUCUCGGCGACGAAGUUCUAGACCCGAUCACAUUCAUCUCUUUCUGUCCGUAUGAAUGGCAGUCGAUGCUGAUGGCGAUCGCCACGCCGACUGAUAUCCACGUUUACAAGGUGCCGAUAAAUGACGACAUACUAGAAGGAUCUUCUGAAAAUGGAUCCCUGGCCUGCACUCGUUUGACCAGUUUCCACACCGAGACAAAGGUUGUCUCUCUCAGCUGGAACACCGAGACCUCUGUAAACCCUCCGGUGAAGGUAGGGAUUUUCGUCGCUCUCGAGGCCGGGGGAGUGGCUCAUUGUACUUGGGCGGACGAUACGGCGACAGCUCUGGUGAAGAAACUCCCGAGACAUAGAGGUAUUGUCAAUUCAGUCGAUGUCGAACCCUUGGUCGGUCAGAGUUGGGCUUCCGUGGGUAAUGACAACCUGCUCAACGUCUACAACGAGAAAGGCGAAGUUCGUGCUCAGCGGAUGCUCCGAACGGCCGGAAAACUCGUCAGAUUCCUCGAAAAUGAAAUCAUGGUCGUCGAGUUGAAUGGAACGAUACGCUUCUACGACACUCUCAGUGUGAGACCUCUGAGGACUGCAUUUUACCGCGCUCCGCUACCAGUCAAGUCGGAUUGUACAAACGGCAAAUUCGCUUGUGUCGAUGCCAGAGGUUCGAUAAAAAUGCAUCUUCAUUCGGACAAACCACCCUUGGAAUUCGCCGGCGGGAAUCUCUGUACAGCCAUAGCGUUGUCUCAAGUAGGCCCGUGGUGUGCUCUCGCAUCUCACGGAUCAUUCCGGAUCAUACACGACCAGAGUGGUCAGGUUAUACAGCAAGGGAACUUUACAUCGAUCAGGCAUCUGUGCUGGCAUCCUCAGCGAGCUCUACUGGCCAUAGCGCAUGGAAGUCGCAUAAGUAUCCUCAAAGUUCAGUGAAAGAUAUUCCUUCAAAUGGAGCGAUAUGCGAAAUAAUUGCGGCCAGGCGACAUCGUCGUUCUUCAUCAGGGGAGGAUGACGCUUCGAAGAGAACUUAUUGAUCAUUGCCGAAAAUAAAGAAGCUAAUGCA